ACAAUGAAUAACACAAUGAACCAACCUGGUGUUGUUUACAAAUUAUUUGCGAAAAUUGUGAUGCUACAUACAGGACAAACAAAAAUCUAUAUGAAAACCUGUUGCAUGAAUCAUUGGCCAGCAACAAGCAAGUGGAUAGAUGUAAACUAUUUAUUGAAAAUAGCUGGAGACCGUACAGUUCCAAUAGAAGUUGGAUUUCAUUAUGUAGAUGAGAACUGGUCUCAAAAACUGAUGACAAUGAGGGAAUUUAUCAAGCAACACUAUUUAUCUGAUAACUACAAAAUUGGGUAUUUAGCACAACAUAACUUAUUUGAACAGAUAACUGAACUCAAGGAGGAUAUUUUAAUACCAGAAUAUUGCUGUUUGAGUUUGGAUUAUGAAAACUCUGAAGAACCCGAUAUCAAUGCAUGGCUAGGGCCAAUGGGCACAGUAUCUCCAUUGCAUCAUGAUCCAAAAAAUAACAUUCUUGCACAGAUAUAUGGAUAUAAACAAAUUAUUCUAUUUUCCCCCAAGGAUUCUCCAUUCUUGUACCCUCAUGAAGAUAAGUUGCUCAACAACACAGCACAAGUGAAUCCCUUGCAACCAGAUUUAGAGAAGUACCCAAAAUUUUCAAAGGCAAAAAUGUACAAAUGUUUGCUAGGACCAGGGGAAAUGUUAUUUAUACCUGUAAAAUGGUGGCAUCAUGUUUCCGCAUUGGAAAAGAGUUUUUCAGUCAGUUUUUGGUGGAAGUAAUAAGAGUUAUUUCAAAUAUUUUUUAUUUGGAAAAUAAUUUAUUUUUUACAAAGCAGGAAUUACAGACAUAAUUUGUUCAACAUAACAUAACAAGUUCAACAAAAAAACGAAAUUAUAAUAAGGCAAUGCUAGAUAUUAUAUAAGUAGCUUAAAAAAAUUAUGUGUUAAUAAAUUAAUAUUUUCAUAACAUUGUAUUGCCUAAUGAUAUUGUUUCUUAACACGAAAUAUAUGUGUAAUAUAAAAAA